UUGCGUAUUCACACCAAUGAGAAGCCUUUCUCAUGUGUGCAAUCUGUACAAAAAGAUUUUCUCAAUCAAGUGGUUUGACAACUCAUUAUCGUAUUCAUACCAAAGAGAAGCCUUUCCAGUGUACACUCUGUACAAAAAGAUUUUCAGUUUCUAGCAAUUUGACUGUUCAUAUGCGUACCCACACCAAAGAGAAACCUUUCCAGUGUACAGUCUGUACAAAAAGAUUUUCUCAUUCAAGUGGUUUGACAUAUCAUUAUCGUAUUCAUACCAAAGAGAAGCAUUUCCAGUGUACAGUCUGUACAAAAAGAUUUUCACGUUCUAGCCAAUUGACUGUUCAUAUGCGUACCCACACCAAAGAGAAACCUUUUCAGUGUACAGUCUGUACAAAAAGAUUUUCAGUUUCUAGCAAUUUGACUGUUCAUAUGCGUACCCACACCAAAGAGAAACCUUUUCAGUGUACAGUCUGCACCAAAAGAUUCUCUCUUUCUCAUAGCUUGACAGUUCACAUGCGUAUUCACACCAAUGAGAAGCCUUUCCCGUGUACAAUCUGUACCAAAAGGUUCUCUCAGUCUGGUAAUUUAACUUCUCAUAUGCGCACUCAUACCAAAGAGUGAACAGUAUUUAAAAAAAGUUCUCUCAGUGUGGAAAAAUGAAUCAUUAUAUUAUGCGUUGUCACACAUCAGUUUAGAAUGUCUGAGUGUCUUCUCUAUUGGUGUGCUGUCUGUGUAAUAUCUUUCCAAUAUGUUCUUAUUAAAAAAACUGUAUUAUUUGGAAGAUUUCCAUUGCAAAAUAAGUUGACUGGAUGUUCCAUCCACAAUAAUUGUGAAUUAAUUCUUCAAAUAUCAAUAUGGUCUGUAUAAAAUAAGUUGUGACUUGAAAGAAAUAUCCAUGUUGCCAAAUUGUGCAAAAUUUCAAUCUUUUCAUGCGAGUCCAUAUGACAGGAUCUAUUCAAUUCGACAACACUGUCGAUGCUGAGUUGUCAAUAUGAAUAUAUCCAGUCAUAUGAGAUUGCAUGAAAAGAUUGAAAUUUUGCACAAUUUGGAAACAUGGAUAUUUUCUCCAAGCCUCGACUAAUUUUAUACAAACUCUUGUAUCAUGUUAUAUUGUUCUCAGUUACAUAAUAGUUUAUUCAUAGAUACAUAAGGCGGUUCCCAGCUA